UGCGAGGCAGGGAGGGUGGAGGGAUGCUGAAGCUGGGCUGGAGACAGGAGAGCAGAGACUGACGCAGCAGCAGCGGCGGUCCCAGCCUCUGGCGCAGACCCCGGGCUCCCAGUCUCUUCACACGCCGCCGGGGCUUGUGGUUUAGGCGCGCGGCCCCCUCUGGGGCUGGCUGCGGGGAAGAGCCCGGGCUCGGGCAGCGGCGGCGCAGGCAGCGGCAGCGGCAGCAUGGUGUCCGCUUCGCGGCAGGAGCCGCCGCCUCGGGGCUGAGCGGCCGCCGAGCUCUGCUCUAGCUGCACUGCGCGGCCCGGGGUGGGUGGCUCCAGGUGCCCGGGCGGCUGGGCUCGCUCCCCCCGGGGGCUGUGGUGCAUGUUCGCCCCCUGCGAGUGCAUGAGGAGAGGCGGCAGGAGGACCAUGAAAAUGAUCCGGUUCCGGAGCUCGAGCAUCAGGUCCCUGAGCCAGGAGAUGAAAUGCACCAUCCGGCUGCUGGACGACUCCGAGAUCUCCUGCCAUAUCCAGAAGGAGACCAAAGGUCAGUUUCUCAUAGAUCAUAUCUGCAACUAUUACAGCUUACUGGAAAAAGACUAUUUUGGCAUUCGAUAUGUCGACCCUGAGAAACAGCGGCACUGGCUUGAGCCCAACAAGUCUAUCUCCAAGCAAAUGAAAUCUCAUCCACCAUAUACCAUGUGCUUUAGAGUGAAAUUCUACCCACAUGAACCCUUGAAGAUUAAAGAAGAGCUCACCAGAUAUCUUUUGUAUCUACAAAUAAAAAGGGACAUUUUCCAUGGUCGUUUGCUGUGCUCUUUUUCUGAUGCUGCCUACCUGGGUGCCUGUAUUGUCCAAGCUGAGCUCGGUGAUUAUGAUCCUGAUGAACACCCAGACAAUUACAUUAGCGACUUCAAGAUUUUUCCCAAACAAUCACAGAAGCUGGAAAAGAAAAUUGCUGAAAUACAUCAAAAUGAAUUCAGUGGACAGAGCCCAGCUGUUGCUGAAUUUAAUUUACUACUGAAAGCACAUUCUUUGGAAACCUAUGGUGUUGAUCCCCACCCUUGCAAGGAUUCAACCGGGACCACUACUUUUUUAGGAUUCACAGCAACGGGCUUUGUAGUUUUCCAGGGAAAUAAAAGAAUUCAUUUGUUAAAAUGGGCUGAUGUCUGUAAAUUGAAAUUUGAAGGGAAGACAUUUUAUGUGCUUGGAGCUCAGAGAGAGAAAAAGGCUAUGUUGUCAUUUCAUACCUCUACACCAGCAGCCUGCAAGCAUCUUUGGAAGUGUGGGGUGGAGAACCAGGCUUUUUAUAAGUAUGCAAAAUCAAGUCAGAUCAAGACGGUGUCCAGCAGCAAAAUAUUUUUUAAAGGCAGUAGAUUUCGAUAUAGUGGAAAGGUUGCCAAGGAGGUUGUUGAAGCGAGUUCUAAAAUCCAGAGAGAGCCUCCUGAAGUGCACAGAACCAGCAUUCCUCAGAGUCGUAGCUCUCAUUCCUUGAAUAAACAACUCAUAAUCAAUAUGGAACCACUACAGCCCCUCCUCCCUUCUCCAAGUGAGGAAGAAGAGGUUUCUUUAGAUGAAGGUAUCCAGCUGCCUAAGGAAGAUGAAAUCUCCAUACCUGUGAUAUCUAAUUCCCCUGCUAAGGAUGCUGGGGAGAGUGUAGAUCUCACCAAUGAAGAGGAAGAGAAGAUCAAAGAGGAACCUUUAACCAUCUCAGAACUGGUGUACAACCCAAGUGCCAGCUUGCUGCCCACCCCAGUUGAUGAUGAUGAGAUUGACAUGCUCUUUGACACCCCAUCAAGAGCAGAGAAUGAGAGAGAAGAUACAGAUUCAUUUGAGGAACUGGAAGUGGAUGAAAAUGCGUUUUUGGUUGCUGAGGAAGAGGAGCUGAAAGAAGCCCGUAGAGCGCUUAGGUGCAGUUAUGACUUUGUAAUGGGCAACAUGCAGGUAAAUGCCUUUGUGAAGAGUUUCUCCAGGCUUCUUUUUGUAGGCCUUGGACUGUUGUUGUUUGUGUUUCCACUCCUGCUUGUCCUCUUGGAGUCGGACCUUGAUAUCUCCUUUCUUCAUGAAAUCCGUCAGACGCCAGAGUUUCAGCAAUUUCACAUUGAAUAUUACUGUCCUCUUAGGCAGUGGGUGGCUUGCAAAAUAAACUUCAUUUGUGACAUGCUGGGAAACUCUUAAAUGUUAAAGAAAUACAAUACAACUAAGGGCUAUAUUCAAAAUUUCAGUUAGCACUAGCUUCUCAUAAUGCCCAUGGGGCCAUCAGCAGGUAGCUAUCUUCAUUUUCAAUCCAUUACAGACUGUUCAAGAUCUAACAUUUGCUUUUCAUAAACAGUUGCUUUAGUUAUAGGCUUAUUUGGUGGCCUUUAAAUAACCAAAAAGAGGUCUUAUUUUUAUUUCAGUGUUGACUUCCUGAUCAUCUGUUGUAUCAGACAAGACUGGAUAGUACUAGGGUUCAUUAUUUGUAACAUUACAAGCCAUGACAUUCUGAAUCUCAAUGAUAGUAGAGCCAAGAAGGAAAUGUUUUUGAAUAUACUCCUUAGUGGUAUAACAGUCUUUUCUAACCAAUGCCUAUACAAGCAAUGUUUAUGCUGGGUUUUUGUUUCUUGAUUUGUUUUUUGUUUUUUAUAUUUUUGUGUUUAAAAUAUUUUGGUAAAUUUUUAGCAAAAGAUGACUUCUGAAGUUGUUUAAGUGUACAGAUUGGUAAAAUUAAUGCACAAGGGCAUGUAGGGGAUUUUUUAAUGUUUUACCAAUGGUUUGUUUUUAAAAUAUUUUGGAUGGACAAUGAGUUUAUUAUAACUCUAUAAAAGAUGGCCUACAGUUUGUAGAACAUACAGAAAGUUUAUUCAAGUGCAGGGGGACUUGUGAGGGGAGAUGAAAUGACACAGAAUCCUCAAGUAAGUUUUUAAUGGCACAGUUCUAAAGCUAAAGGUGGUGAAUAUCAUUGAGAAAAUGAUAAUCCACCUUCAUCUGUGUCCUGUCAUCUUACACUUCAAUCAGUGGUAAGUUUUUACAAGACAGUGCAAGUAAGUUUUGCCAGAAGGUGAUGGAUCUUUGGACUAAAUGUAGAUUAUUGUACAUAACAUGGAAAGAUGAAGAGAUAGUAAAUAUCAGAAAUGUCUAGUUAUAUUGGUAGAUAAGUAACCUACUUUUUAAAAAUGGCUAGAGAAUAAAAAGUAUACAAUACUUUAAAAAUCAAGGCAUUAGAUUGUACAGUUGACAUGCAGAUAUUCUACUGAAUCAUAAUAAAAGGACAAAAUAUUUUUAAGAGAAAUAUCUUGGUUCUUUAUUCCUUUUGUCACUAUUCUGUGAAACACAUCCCAGAGAAUCAUCAUUUAAUGUGACAUCAUUUCCUGUGCAUGCUGAUUGUCUUACCAUGUAUGUGUGGCAUUGUACUCAUACUAUUUCCCUAUUGAUAGGACUCCAGUCAAUGAGAUUCAUUGUUACUUUAAUGUGCUGAGGAUUUGCUCCCAAUAUUGUGUAGAGAAUAUACAUAAAACCUUGUGAGCAUUUAGAAAAAUCAGUAGGACACCCUUACCCCAAUCCAAAUGCUACAGAAAAAUGUGCUGGAGCAUCAUCAUAGAGGAUUGUUGUUUUUUAAAGCAAAAGCAUUAGGUGUGAUCCUUCAGCCAUAACACAAAUAAAACUCCCAUUAAAGCCAGUGGAAGUUUUGUCUAUGUACUGGCUGCAACUUCACCCCAUAAUGUCUUUGUACUUUAUAAAGAGAUUUUUUUAAAUAAGCGAUAUAUUUGAGUCUUUGUCAUAUUGUACAUACAUAUUGUAACAGUAACUGUAAUUCAUAUACUUCAGAAUUAUUUAUGGUUGACAAGGGGAAUUGCAAUUCUGCUUCCUCUAAAUCUUUGCAAAUGAUCAGUUGGAAAUUUCCAACAGGGGAAUUUGUUUUAUCCUUUGUUUUACCCUUUUAGAGGUGUCAAAAAAGAAAUCCUAGCUCUUAGGAAUUGUUCUUCUCCAUUGUAACCAUUUGGGUUGUUUCCUCAUUUCCCAAAGAACAAAGACUACAUAGAACCAUUUAGUCCCCUCUCUUCUCACUUUGUCUUUCAUCACUAGCUUGGUCCCAGUGACAAUCACUAUUGAUUAGUCGUCUUGGUGUGUAUUUCAUCUUGCGUAAUGUCCAGCUAAACAAUCUGUUCCCCUUAAACAAGAAUUAUCCAUCUAAUAGAACUUUUCACAGUGAACUAAAGUAGACAUUUGCCAUUAACAGGAUAUUAUUCAUACAAAUGGUUUCCUAAACAAAGGUGUCAGCUGAUGGAUUCUAGGGGGUGAUGUUUAGGAAAGCUGGCAGCCUGCUAGAAUACAGGGGCAGGUUCCAUGCUGGAUCCUAUUUAUUAAGUCCUUUAAUUAUAAAAAGUUAGGUGCUGUGUUCUAAAGUGUAGUUUUGUCUAUGUAAAGUCAUAGAGCUCCGGAAACAGGAGCAUUUGUUUUGUUUGAUUUAACUCUAUCAGAAAAUGGUUAAUGCAUGAGGAAAGAAUUACCUCAGAGAAUUGAUAGUGCAAUAAGGAGAUAUGUAGGAUUAAAUGCAAGUGUGUAUUGUGUGUGUGUGUAUUUUACUGUAUGUGUAUACAGCCCUGGUCUUUCAAAUUCCUCUCACGAUGUAGGAGCUUUUCUGGUCUAUAAACUGAAUUCCACUGAGAAACAUAGAGUUCCUGUAACAUACCAUUUUACGGCGUAAGACUUGGGACUUUAAAGGGCUGGAACUUUGUGUAUUACACACAGUGUGUGUAUAUUAUACAAACACACACACAGUAUGGCAUAUACAUAUCCACACACAUAGAAACAAUCUUGUAUUUAAUGCUGACGAUGAGAGAGUUGGAUUAUGAAGAAUUUGUAGGUACAGUAUUGUGUAUUUGUCUGUGCUUGGAUAUAUGGUAAAAUGUUAUGUACUUGAAAUCUAUUUUGUGGUUUGUCAUUUAUUUAUGAAUGCUACUCUGGAAAGAAUUAAAAAUGGGUUUAUUUCAUAGAAAUACAAAAGACCUGAGGGGAAAAUGUACCUGUAACUCAAGCCUUAUCUUUGUACAGUGCAUUUCACAUUUCUCUGUCAAUAUCCUGAUUGUUUUGUAUGUUGAUAUGAUGGCAGCAAUCCCUAAUAAAAAAAUAUAUAUACUGAAAAAAAGCACUCUGCAAUGAUGGCACUUCUUAUGAUAAAGGAAUGUUUCUUCGUGUUGGAUAUCAACCUAAAUUCAUAUUAAUCCUGUACUAACAAAAUGUAGUGUUCACGAUGUACUUUUUUGGGACUGUGCUGUCCUAUGAAAUGGUACAGUCUGUGGGACUGUUACAAGUUGAUGUUUUCUAUAUAUGUUUUAGUAACUGUGGGAUAUAGUAUGUGUCAGUCUUUAAAAGAAGUAUUUUUGAUGUAAAACAAUUUUCAUAUUUAGUUUGGACUUUUUGGUGUAUUUCUGAACAUUCAAAAAGUGUUAUAAAGUCACACAGUUUAAGGCCAGAAGGGAACACCACAUCAUCUAGUUUGAACUCCUCUAGAUCACAGGUCACAUACAACACCCAGCAUCUGCACACUAAACCCCAACAACGUUUGGUUGGCUUAUACCAUAUUUGUGCAUAUGUAUGUUUGUAUUCUGUAUUGAAAGCCAAUACAUAUCCAGUUAUGGAGAUGCUAGUUGCAACUCUGCAGCUAAUGUAGUGUUGAGUUAUGCACUUAAAAGCAGGGACUCAACUUUUUUGUAACGUACAGUGUAUUCUCCCCAAAAUUAUUGCUUUUACUCUGAAUGCUGAAUGAAUUUUCUGAAAGUUAACAAAUAAAUAUACAGUAACUCCUCACUUAACAUUGUAGUUAUGUUCCU